AUGCCUCCGUCCAUUCCCGAGACAAUGUGGGCAGCCCAAAUCACUGAAUUUCACAAACCAUACACUAUCUCAACGGUCAAUGUUCCUCAGCUCCGUCCCAACGAGCUCCUUGUGAAAAUACACGCCGCGGGAUUCUGUCAUUCGGAUAUACAAGUGCUGCGUGGAGAACUCAAUAGCCCACUGCCCUUAAUUCCAUCCCAUGAGCCGGUAGGCACAGUUGUCCAGGUAGGAGAGGAGUCUGCCUCAAAAUGGAAAGUCGGCGAUCGGGUGGGUAUCUUGAAUUUCAAAAAUGCAUGCGGUAAUUGUGCAGGAUGCAGAGGAUCUCGCAGAAGAUACGGAGAAAUGGAUCCGCGAUUUUGCGAUUACAGAGAGACGGGGGGCUUCAAGAACGAUGGCUGUUUUGCCGCUUAUAUGGUUGCUGACUCAGCGACAACAAUAGCUCUCCCUGACUCUGUGUCCUUUGAACAAGGAGCGCCACUAUUAUGUGCGGGUGCCACCGUUUGGGGAGCGAUCAACAAGGUGCGACCAUUUCUCCAAGCAGAUGAUAUGAUCGGUGUGAUUGGGAUCGGGGGGCUCGGACAGCUGGGCGUACAGUUUGCUAAAUCAUUGGGAUACCGAACCGUGGCUAUCGAUAACCGAGAUACGAGUCUACAGCUUACGGACGACAUGCCCCCUGAGCUUCAGCCGGAUCUUCUAAUAAACUCUACACAUGACGAUGCAAGCGAGAAAAUUCUGGAGCGAACUGGUGGUGAAGGCCUGGCCGCGGUGAUCAAUUGCGCAGAUUCGAUUGCCGUCAACGCCUGGAGCUUGGGACUACUGCGUAUUGGUGGCAUAGCGGUCCUUCUAGGUCUGCCGCCGGAACAGUGGCGAUUUGAUACUCACCCUAUUGUCUUUCGGGAGUUGGUUCUACGAGGAAGUUAUGUUGCUAGUCGAGAAGAGGUGGAGGAGAUGAUGGCGGUGGUGGAUCAACAUGGAGUUCGGUCUCAGUUGACAGUGGUGAAGAAAGAUGAUAUCCUGCAGGUCCCCGAGAUGUAUUUAUCCAGAUCGUUUCGCGGGCGUCUAGUUGUGAAGUUUGAUUUAUGA